GAUGGCUGUUUUGGUACUUCAGGUGGAAUUCGUUCUUUUCAGCUCCAAAACUGGAAGCAGAAAGUUAGUCGGACUAAGAAAGCAGAAUUUAUACGCACAGCAGAAAAAUUUAAAAAUCAAGUUAUUAACAUGGAAAAAGAUAAACACAGUCAUUUCUACAACCAAAAAAGUGACUUCAGAAUCGAGCAUAGUAUGCUGGAAGAAUUGGAAAAUAAAUUGAUUAACAGCAGGAAAACAGAAAGAGCAAAAAUCCAGCAACAAUUGGCCAAAAUACAUAACAAUGUGAAGAAACUUCAGUAUCAGUUAAAAGAUGUGAAGCCUACGCUUGACUUUGUUGAAAAGCUCAGAGAAAUGAUGGAAGAAAUUGAAAAUGCAAUUAACACUUUUAAGGAAGAGCAGAGGUUGAUAUAUGAAGAGCUUACUAAAGAAGAGAAAACAACUAAUAAUGAGUUGAGUGCCAUAUCAAGAAAAAUUGACACAUGGGCUUUGGGUAAUUCAGAAACAGAGAAAGCUUUUAGAGCAAUGUCAAGCAAAGUACCUAUAGACAAAGUAACUCCAAGUACUCUUCCAGAAGAAGUGGUAGAUUUUGAAAAAUUCCUUCAGCAAACAGGAGGGCGACAAGGGGGCUGGGAUGAUUAUGAUCACCAGAACUUUGUAAAGGUGAGAAACAAACAUAAAGGGAAAUCAACAUUUAUGGGAGAAGUUCUAGAACACCUUCCUGGAAGAACACAGGAUGAAGUUCUACAGCAUGAGAAAUGGUAUCAAAAAUUUCUGGCCCUAGAAGAAAGAAAAAGAGAGUCUAUUCAGAAUUGGAAAACUAAAAAGCAGCAAAAAAAGGAGGAAAUUUUCAAGUUAAAGGAAAAGGCAGAGACCAUAUCUGUGCUUUUUAAUAACAAACCAGAAGAUAAUCAAAAGCAAAAAGAACAAAGACAGAAGCAGAAAUUGGCAGUUGAAGCUUGGAAAAAACAGAAAAGCAUAGAAAUGUCAAUGAAAUAUGCUUCCCAGUUAAAAGAAGAGGAAGAGAAAGAGAAAAAGCAGCAGAAAGAGCGCCAACGCCAGUUUAAAUUAAAAUUAUUACUAGAAAACUAUACCCAGCAGAAGAAAGAACAAGAAGAAUUUUUAAGACUUGAAAAGGAGAUAAGGGAAAAAGCAGAAAAGGCAGAAAAAAGGAAGACUGCUGCUGAUGAAAUUUCUAGAUUUCAAGAAAGAGAUUUAUAUAAACUUGAAUUGAAAAUUCUUGAUAGACAGUCAAAAGAGGAUGAAAAGGCAGAUAAACAAAGGAGACUGGCAAAAUUAAAAGAAAAGGUUGAAAACAAUGUUAGCAGAGAUCCCUCUAGGCUUUACAAACCUACCAAAGGUUGGGAAGAACGGACCAAAAAGAUAGGGCCUUCAGGCUCUGGACCACUUUUACAUAUCCCACAUAGGGCUAUUCCAACCUGGAGACAAGGAGUUUAGAAAAGAAUGUGAGAUAAUGAAAUUAAUAUUCAGUUGAUGAAAAUGUUAGCAUAUUCAGUUAUAACAGGACAGAGUGACUAAUCACGUUCUUUAAAUAUCACUAGCCUAAUCAGAUUGAGUAUUGUGUUGUAUGUGAAUUGACAGAUGCUAAGUUCCAUUUGGUAUUGUCAUUAGUAUUUCCUGUUUAUGCUGAGAAGGUAUUUAUUGUGUAUGCUGGCCUAUUGAUGUAAAAUUUUUUAGAUAAGUUUAUGUUACAAAUAGUAUUUCACUUAAAUGCUCAGAAUAUUUAAAGAUAUUUUGUUUUUGUUAUGGCAUUGAAAAAUAAAUUGGGACAAUCACAGAGUGACAUUUUCAAACCAAAAUUUUGUACAUUUAUAUCUUGGAAGUAAAUUAGCUUGAGUAACAAAAAUGUAAAGCUUUUCUUUUUUGAGUUAUAAGAAAAAGUUAGUACUUUUUUCAAAGCUUACCAAAUUGGUAGUUUGUCAGUUACUACAUUUUUGUGUAAUGUUUUCUAUUUGUUUGAAGCAUGCUUUGUUUUAUAUAAAGAAUAUUUAAUUUAAAAAUUUGCCUCACACCUCAUAUAUAACCUAUUAUUUGUACUAUUGAUAUAAAUUUUUCAGUUUCCUUUAGCUUUUCCAAAUUUUCCUUCAGCCUUUCUGGACUUUACACAUUUAUAAAAUCUUUGUGUCUUUCACAUCUUUCUGGCUGGUGCAGUUUUCUUCUCUGCUUCUGUUUGCCUCAAAAUAUUUGGCUAAAGAGUUAAUUUUAAAAUUUCCAAACAUUUGUACAUGAAAACACAAUGUAACAAUUUAACAACUCAACUUUUCAUAUUAUAAAAUCUUAGUUCCUAACUUUAAUUAGUUCUCAUCUUAUAGGAAAGUUACCAUAUACAUAUUAAAUAUAGGAAACUUGUUUCUUAUGGCUUUUAUCUUAGAGUAUCUUUAAUUAUAACUUGAUACAUUUAAGUCACAUGACUCAGAAAUUUACUAUGAGUAGUAGUCAAAACCUUUUCUUAUUUGACAGUUAUUAUUCAGUGUAGAUAACUUACAAAGGAAACUGAAUUCUAAUUACACAGUUAUUGGUGCAAAAUAGAAGUAACAAUACAUCCUUAAUUAGGAAUGCCCAUUUUAUUUGUAGUACUCGUUCUCUAUAAUUUUAAAAAAUGAUUUGAGGCAGUUUAGAAAUAAAAUAUAGAACAGGGCAAGGGGAUUUAAAAACAACUGAACAGCUAUAAAAUACAGGAAAGUAAGGGUCUCUUAAGUGUUGCUUACUAAUAUGUUGCUCUUUUUUGCACAUAAAUGCAGCUUUCAAUUUCCUUUAAGGUAAGCAAACUGGGCAAUGUGAUUCUUAUGGCAUUUUUUGUUUUUUUGUUUUGUUUUGUUUUUUAAUAAAAGAAAGUGUAGAAGUUUCUUUGAAGAAACCGGUUCUAACUGAAUCUAAAAUAAAUGAGGAAUUUAUUAUAUGGACCCUUUAUAAUAAAGUAUAUAGAUAAACAAUAUAAAGUGUCUUCAGUUACAAGCUCAUGGAGAAGAUGUCAAAUAAAAAUUUAUUAUACUGGUUUAAAAAGUAUAUUAAUAAGAAAUUUAGGAAGAAACACUAAAAAAUGUUAUAAAGUACCCAUAAUUCCACCACCCCAGGGUAACUUUUUUAAAAAUAUACCUACAUAUUUUAAAAUAGCUGUAGUUAGAGAGUAUAUUUUAGUUACUAUAAUCACUUAACAUUACACAUUUUCCUGUCUUUCUAUGUAAUUCAAACAUUAUCAUUUAGUAGCUGAAUAAUAUUCAGAUAUGGGUGCUCUUUUAUUACCACACUUUGAAGACUUGAUCUAGUCUUCUUAACUAAUAAUGUAGAGUGCAUUUUAUGUGGGGUUAGAGUCUGUCAUGAAUAUGUCAAAAACCUUGUAUGAUCAGAAUCACUCAUGAAAGCCUUUUACUUACCUAGAAAUGUAUUAUUUCAAUGAGUCCACCAUAGAAAUAUUUCCUCCAUAUUUGGAACAUACUGCUGGUUCUUGAGCUAAGAAUCAGAAGAAUAUUUGGCUUCACUCUAAGGGCCAAGUUGAAUAGUACUGUCUUUUUGAGCAUAUAUAGAGUGCACAUAGUUAAUUCUAGUAAGUGUGUAUGGUACUAUACUUUGAACAUCUUCAGACAUUUGUGUGAGUGGGGUGGGGGGAGAGAGAAUUUUAAUUGUAAUAAGUAAACUACUAGACUGUGUACUUGAAGGGCAAGGAUUGUGGCCUCUUUACUUGUAAGGAAGCACUGGCCAUUUGUUAAUGUGGUAUUUGUUAAAAGGCAUGCAGGAAAACCUGUGAAUAAGUAGUUACUAGUACCUAAAAUUAUGCAAGGCACUUUGGGUUGUUGAAUAUGUGUAAGAUAACUCCAGCCCCAACAGUACAUUUUUUAAGAAAUACAUUUUCUAAGUAAGCUGUUAAUUAAAAUUAUACCCAAACUUCUGUUAGCUCAUAAUUAUAAGGAACCUAGUUCAGGCCUGAUCCUUGGGUGGAUAUUUUCCCCCCAAGACUUCAUGAAGUUUUAAAGGGAACUGAAUUCCCUUCUUUUGAAAAAUAGCUAAAAGCAUGUUAUUUCAUUUUUUAGUAUAUGGGUAGUUGGAGAAUAUGUUGAGCUUGUUUGCUGUUGCAGAUUGAUGCAACAGUGAUGCAGCAUGACACACUGACUCAAGCAAAGAGGGAAAUGUUUUAGAAUUGUUAAAGAAAAUGAUGCAAAGAGUCACAUACAUAUGAAUAUAUGUUGUGUGUAUAUUGCAUUGAGAUAUAUAUUUAAAAUUUCUGAUAUUCUAGAAGGGACUAGGAAUGUCUCUGAACUUUUAUAGUGUCAAUAAUUAUUUAAUAAACAUUUGUUUAUCUCAA